CUCGGAUUCCUCUUCACUCUCAGUCCUCAUCAUCAUCAUCGAGAGCCAAGCAACAGCAGCGAUCAAUGGCGGAGAAACCCACAGAGAUCAGCAGCUCGAAGAUGUUCAAUGGCUACAACAAGAGAUACAAGCAUUUCAGCCCAACCCUCAACUGCUCCAUGACCUUCUCCAUCUACUUUCCCCCUUCUCCCCCUUCCCAAAAAACCCCAGUUCUUUACUGGUUAUCUGGGCUCACUUGCACUGAUGAGAACUUUAUCAUGAAGUCUGGGGCUCAAAGGGCUGCUGCUGCUCAUGGCGUUGCUUUGAUUGCUCCUGAUACAUCUCCAAGGGGGCUUAAUGUUGAAGGAGAAGCAGAUAGCUGGGAUUUUGGUGUAGGAGCUGGAUUUUAUCUAAACGCUAAAGUUGAUAAGUGGAAGAACUGGAGAAUGUAUGACUAUGUUGUGAAGGAAUUACCAAAACUUAUCAGCGAAACCUUCGAACAACUUGACACAUCACGAGCUUCCAUUUUUGGGCAUUCAAUGGGUGGGCAUGGAGCACUUACAAUCUAUUUGAAGAACCUUGACAAGUACAAGUCAGCAUCUGCCUUUUCGCCUAUUGUCAAUCCUAUAAACUGCCCUUGGGGGAAGAAAGCUUUCUCAAACUAUUUAGGGGACAACAAGUCAGACUGGGAGGAGUAUGAUGCCACCUGCCUGAUUGCAAAGUACAACAAAAUCUCAACUCCUAUCCUAAUUGACCAGGGCGGGGACGACAAGUUUCUGUCAGAUCAGCUUCUUCCACGAAACUUGGAGGAUGCCUGCAAGAAAGCAGGUGCUCCUGUAACCCUCAGGAUGCAGCCUGGCUACGAUCAUUCCUACUAUUUCAUUGCGACCUUCAUCGAUGAUCACAUUCGCCACCAUGCUGAAGCACUCAAGUCACUAUGAAUUGUGCACAAGAAAUUCUCAUCAUUAUAUAACGUUGUAUUGUGUCAAGUUGGGAGUGUGGAGUAGUAUUUGGUGAAUCUAUUAUGUUCCUUGCACCUAAUAUCUAGACUCUAGAAUGGAUCAUGUUUGUCAAGUCUUCAUCU